AGUAGAUAUUUGUCCUUGUAUCCUUUCAUCCAAAAAGACGAUGGAUUUCAGCAAAGGCAUGCCGGUUGGAGUUCAUGAAGUCUCUCGUCCUUCUGCAAAUUACCAUCGAAGCAUUUGGGGAGACUAUUUCCUUGAUUGUGUUUCUGAUUCCAUGAUUAUUAAUCCUCCGGAAUGGAAACAAGUUCAAGACUUGAAAGAAGAAGUGAGGAAGAUGCUAAUGGCAGUCCAUGACACGUCUUCAGAAAAGGUCGAGUUGAUUGAUAAAAUCCAACGCUUAGGAGUAUCGUACCAUUUUGAAGAGGAAAUUGAGGCAUCGGUACAAAGGAUGUACGAAGCCUACCGUGAAUGCAACAACAAAUAUGGGGAUGACCUUUAUCUUGUUGCCCUUGUUUUUCGUUUACUAAGACAACAAGGCCAUUUUGUAUCUUGUG